AUGGAUCAAGGCUCUUAUAGCAGGCCGGACGGCCGCGGCCAGCCCACCCUAUCCGCUUCCUCGGCUGGCAACAACAGCUACCAGGUCAACGUUAGCCGCCAAAAGACGAAGAAAUGGGUCGAGGCCAAGUCGCAAAACUACGACGGCGACGACUGGGGCGCCGACGAGUAUACGGACGACGAGAUUGAACCACCCAUGCCCCUAUCACCUCGGACUCCUCAGUAUGGUGCUCAUCAGAAUACCCCUCAUGUGCCAUCGCUGCAUAUUCAGACCAAUCCGCCAUCGCAGCUGCCCCAGCACCACCAGCCCUACCCGCCACCCCAAUCGCGCCUUCCCCCCCCGGCGAAUGAGCAGCCUCGCCAGGAAUCAUAUACCCCGUCGUUGGCUCAGCCGACCUCCGCCGUACCGCAAUCUGCCGGCGGCUUCCAGCCCCAGGGUGCUUCUUCGACAUACCCUCUGUCGCCUCGCUCGCCGCCGGACAGUAUACCAUCAACAACCCCACAGUCUGCCUCGGUGAACAAGCCUCUUCCCUUUGUUCGGCCGUCGGAUAUCUACAGGCGAAUGGAAGAUGAAAAGAGCCGCGGAUCAAUGGACAGCUCACGCCCUAGCGCCGAGAUCGCCUCCAACCUGUCUAAGCAGAGCUCGGUAUCGUUAGCAAAACCUAUGGCUGAGCCCGUCAAGUAUCAGCCCCCAAGUGCGCCAAUGCCUGCGCCGCGCACCGAUAGCCGCAACGUUAUCUAUCAGGACCUGACAAUGCCCGCGGGCCGAACGUCGCAGCAGCAGCCACCUGCCGCAUCACUGCCACGAUCAGAAGCGCCGCCGCCGCAUGCCGCCCCCGAACUGAAUGACGAGGAGAUUAAGCGCCUAUCCACGAGCCCCAAGCUUCCGGAUUUGGCUCGCAUGUCUGUCUUCGGCGCCGACUUUUUCUCCGGUGGAUUCUCCAUGCUGUCAUCGGAGAAGAUGGCUGCGCAACGGAUUCCAGAGGUACCAGAGGUGGCACCAGAAUUAAAAGUGGAUAAGCCUACCACGCACGAGGUGAGCCAUUCUCCCGCAGAGGCUCCAAACACCUUCGCGGACAAGACCAAGGCUGCUGCUGUUGCUCCAGCCAUCAUGGAACAUGCUUCCAUUAAGCCUCAGGUCAUCGAAUCGGCAGUCCACCAACCCCCAGCUGGCGCAACCACGAUGACCGAAUCACGGGGACCUGCCUUGCCGCCAGCGGAACCCAAGCCAUCGGAUCCUGCCGAACGGGCCACAAGAAGGUCCUCCAUUGACACCGCAUCGAGCUCUCAUUCGGCUGGUGCUGCGACCGAUAUCACCCCGACGAAGCCUCUGAAUGUCCGCAAGGACGAGAGCCCGGUACGAUCUUUCGAACCCCCGCCACCUCUCCAUCGCGAACCGACAUUUGGGACAGACACGUCUUCGCCGGUCAAGGAAAGUGAUAUGCUGAGAGACGAAAUUAUCAAGACACUCAGCUCUCCAACUCAAGCCAGCAGACCGAGCGUUGAGACUGGAUUGGUCGAUGGCGGAACACAGGCAUCGCAAAGCCACGCCAGAGAGAGCACCUACACCCUCCAAGACUAUGACAGUUACUGGGCUGACCCGGGUACCGCGCCUGAAGCUGCUUCUCAGCCGCCCAAGACAAUGAGCAGUAUGCCAGGGGAGGCCACCCGAGCUGCUGCAGGAACUAGAUCGCACGACCUUCCUCUCAAAGUGAUGGAGCCUCUAAAGUCUACUGAAGAAGAGAAACCAGAAACCUCAUCCCCAACGCCACUAGUGGUCGCUACUCAGCCUUCACCUCAGGUACCCACUAGUCAGCCUUCAACGGUGCCCGCCGCGCUUUCAGGACCGCAUUCGACUUCUCCUCAGCAGCUCCCAGAGGCCUCGAUUGUCUCGCACGGUGGCACAGAUCUUCGCCGAAGAUUUUCUUGGGAAGCAGAGGAUGCCUCUAAGCGGCCACCCAAGGCUGCGGCCCCCACCGCCACGGCGCCGCCACCUGAGCCCACGCCCGCCCCGGCCCCAGCUCUUGCCGUAACGGCUGUACCUCCUAGCGAACCUCUACGGCAACCAGAUCUUACUGAUCGACAGUCCAAUGCUCCUCCUGUCAGUGCAGCGAUCAUUCCAGCCGUCGUUGGCAGCGAUAGUACUUCGCAGGGGUCGAACCGUCUCUCCCUUGCGGGCGAAGGGGCCCUCUCGACAACUGCGUCGAACGAGAUUUCGGCACCUGUGGAUGAGCAGCUCGCUAUGAGACUGUCUGAUCCAACCCCAGCCUCUGCCUUGAGCAUGCCAAGAAAUUCCAGCGCCAGUGUGACUCCCUUCAAGGACAUUGUGAACCUGAAUAACUCCUCUGAGAGGGUUGCCAAAUUCAACGAGACCAGGGUCGCCUUUGCCAUCAUGGAUAUCGGUCUUGACAAGUGGCUUACGAGUCUGCACCAGGAUCACCCAGAGCACCACUCCAAAAGUUUCAACUCGUAUCAGCCAUCUCCAACUUCUCCUACCGGGCUACCGCCUGGCGUUCAGUCAACGGCGCAACAGCCUUACUACCAGCAGUACUUGAACGCGAGUACUCCUGGCAGUGGAGCAACGUCUGGUCGCCGCAUUGGCGGCAUCACCGUGCCGUCCAACGUAGGCGGCAGCACUUUUGGUCACUCUGGAAACCAACUCGGAACCAAGAGCAAGGAGCUGAUGCACUCGGCGGGUAAAAUGGGCAAGGGACUUUUCAGCAAGGGCAAGAAUAAAUUGCGCGGGGACAAGGGCGAUACGCAUCCACCACAGCAGACCAGAGCGAAGCACGACCGUUCUGGCUCCUGGGCAGUUCUUAGCAGCAAGUUGCGCACCGAAUUCUCUUCUUCCAGAGAGCAUGACGACCCCCGACAACAACCCCGAGAAGAGCAAUCAGCUGCUCCAAGGCCCAGCAUGACCAUUGCGCCGCAGAUUCCAGUGCCCGAGCCUGUUUCACCGCUGCUACGCGAGACGUCCCCAGACAAGUCGCUCCUUCCUGCGCAACAUUCCGCGCAGCAAUAUGUGCGUGGCGACCAAUUCGCGGCCCAUGGCACAUCCGAGGCGCCACCUUUGGCUUCCUUUGUUCCGCCAGCUAGCCAGAUUCGCAUGGUUCCAUCCGAGACUGCGCAGGACCCUGCUGCUACGGAGGCUCCUGCUAGGGCGCCUCCCGUUACGGAAGACAGCGGAGUGGGCAUGUUUGCACGUCCAGAUGACUCUAGCGAUGAGCCCAAGAGACAAUCUUCGUUUGUCGGGUUGCCACCGCUUCGCAGAUCCUCGACCUUUGGAUUGAAGUCCAAGACUCGCCGUGCUGCCGAACGCUUCCCGCUGGACGAAGACGAGGGUAACGAUGUACCUGGCCUUCCUAUAAGUGACGUGAUGGAAGAUCUUCCGGAGCAACCAGAGGCGCCACAACAGUCGCGUCGCGAGCAUACAGGCGCUGCACAAGCAGAAUUCUCUUCUCAGACCGUGAACAAGGAUGGCGUCACUGUGCAGCAUUUAACUUCGUCCGCUGAACAAUCUCCCGACAGAUCUGCGCGGCAGCCUGUCAUGGCAUCUUCACAGCCUCAGCCUAUGCACCAGCCAGUACCCCCACUGAUGAUGAUGUACCCGGGUCAAUCUGGCCCCUGGAGACUAGAGGAGAGCCACCUGGCGGAGCCUCUGCAUCAGGCAAAGAAUCGAUCCGGCCACAGCCCUAUCUCUCCAUCCAUGAGUUUUGGAUUUGACAAGGAAACCGGACAAUCAGCGAUGAUGCCCCCGCCGCCGUUACCCGCAAGCGUUGCUCGACAGCGCAAUGCCGAUGUCCCGCCUUCGUCUGCCCAGCGCUACCCGGGCCUUUUUGCGCCGCAGCACGAGGACGAGCCUCCGCAGCGCCCGACCUCGCAGAUCUACUACGAAGAGAUGGCCAACCCUCGCCACAGCGGUUUUGAGUACUCAAUUCCAGGCGUCGGCCCGCCUACUGAGGAGAGAGGCCGUGUCAAGCGAAACUCGGGCCUUUUCAAAGAAAUCGGUGACAAGAUUGUGCGUGCCACCUCGCGUGAUAGGAGGAACUCAUUUGUGGAGAACCAACGCCAAGCCGAUGUGCAUGGCGACGGCGCUUCCGAGUCGAGCUUUGGUACAGAGGAGAUCCCGGAUCGCAAGAAGCGCCGCUCCAGUUUCUUCAACGCGCUUACCGGUCGCGCCUCGAUGGACCAGGGAUCUCAGCAUGGCCUGUCUGCUCUGCAGCGGUCUCGGACCGAGAACUUGCCCGUGUCUUCCUCGGAGGACCUGGGCUCUGCUCGAAAGCGCUCCGUGUUUGGUGGCGUCAUGGCCGGCUUUGGUGCUAACAAGGGUGGCGCGUCCGAUGCUCCUACUUCAGGACUCGCCAACCAGCAGGUACUAGACGACGAACAGCCGCUUACACCCAAGAAGAAGCGUUUCUCUGGUAUUGCCAAAGCCUUUCAACGGCCCAACCAGGACCGUCCUUCUUCUGGCAUUUCGACUGGUUCCGAGCACAACCGUCGCGCCUCGUUCUCCAACCUGCUCUCGAGUCUCACUGGCAACAAGGGCCAGCAGCACGAACAGCAACAGCCCGCAGUACCAGCUCAGGAUGUAGGCGGCUUUGUAUCUACCGAUCUGCCGCAAAAUAUCCCCCCUGCUCCACGUCAGGUUCACGCUGCCGAUGAUUUCCCGGCACCGAACCGCGAUGCCGCUUUGGCCCCUACCCUACCCGACCAGCGCUUAGAUGCCACCCAACCGCUCUUUGCUACAGGUGAAAACAAAUGGGGCAUCGACCGACCGCCUACUUCUGGUACUGUCACAGCCAACGAGACCAGGGCCGAAACUGCGGGAGCGACUGCCGGCAGUCACCUGUUGCUGCGUACCGCUGAUUCAAGCACCCCACGUGAAGCUCCCACUGCGCCGUCCGAAUUUUCAGAUUCCGAGACAGAAUUCAAUGAGAAUGCUCGCAAACCCUCCGAUGUGACGCUCUCAAUUGCUUCGGUUGGCGGGGAGGAGACUUCCGACAUGCUGCGCCGGGACACCAAUGUCAGCCAGAUAACUCCUAGUGUCGUCACAGAUGUCCCGUCCCAGGACGAGCAGCAGAAAACUCCGACCGCACAAUACCCAAAUAGUCCCGGGGGUUAUCUUGUCCAUAAUAACAGGUUGCCCGUCGCGGUUCCCCCCUCUGCGGGAUCUCGGGGAUAUCCGCAGGGACAGCUCCCGCAGCCCCAGCAAGAUCCUCGAGCUGGACUGACGGGGUCCAGCUAUCGCCAGGGCAUGGGCCAGUCGGCUCCUGGCACCCUGUACGGUCAGCAACCCAUGCAACGCCCCAGCCAGCAGCAGCAGCACAUCCAGCCCGGCUUCAGCCAGCCCGCCCCGCGAUCUAGUCCAGUGAGUGCAUCGCCCAAGGGGUGGAAAGGUCUGAGGACCAAGAUGGCUGGCCAGAUGGGCAGUAUGCGCCCGUUGUCCCCGACCAGCAAGGGACCAAAUAGGGGAGACAAGGCCGCGCCUAGCGAUAUGUUGUUCAAUGCAUUUAGGCGUCUGUCGAAGCCGCAGGGCCCAUCUGAAGCGCAGCGGCAGCGGAGUAUGCCACCAGGAAGCGCUCCUCCAGGACGACAGCCACCAGAUUCCCAGGUCUUUACACGGCAGCAAGGCCAGCCUAAUGUGACUGGGUUUCAGCAGAUACCUCCCCAACAAAUGCAAUAUCAGCAAGUGCCUCUGGGCCAGGGUGCUCACUUCAACCGAGGCCCCUAUCAACACCUGAUGCCCAUGUAUAUGCAACCGCAGCAGCAUCUACAGCAGCAGCAGCCUGAACAUCAAUAUGCCCCACAGGGUUAUACUUCUACGUACGGCCACGGUAGCGUACAAGUGCCCGCCAUGUAUAAUACUGCGACUCAAUACUCCCAGCCCCAAUCACCUCACCCACAGCAAGAUGAUGACGCCAACCAUUAUCAGCCUUCCGCCGCCGCUGUUGGAAAUCAGCAGCUGCAAAGCAAUGGAGCUGCGCCUACACAGGCUCAUUCCCAACUUCCCCAGUCCGAGUCACAGCCUCAAACGCCUCUCCCUCAGCAUCGUCAUGAUACUGAAAGCAACCCUCUCAGUCCUGCUUCUGACGAGUUUCGCACAAAGCCCACGGCGCUUACAAAGGAAGCACUGGCACAGCAAGAUGCUCGGAAAGACUUGCAAGCGAACCACCUCCGCCCGGACGAGGCCCACAUGGGCCUCGAAUCUUCCAACAGCAACCGCGUCAGCCAAAUAUCCAACGACAGCCGCCGGCGCGGGCCGUCGCCCAAGUCUGAGCAAUCGCCUGUCAUUAGCCAUAAGCAGCUGCAGGCCGCGACGACGUCGCCAGCUUCCCCUGGAACAGAGCGACAUGUUUCGGCGGUCAGCGUGUCGCCUCUUGCUGGAUCAAGCGCUGAAAUUGUCAGCCCCAGAAGCGCCAUGGCGAGCAUCGAGGUCACCAGCCCCGCCGCCGCCCCUCUCGCUAGAGACUUGACGGGCGAGAGCAAGGGCCAGGUCUCGGACGACUCGCUGGAAGAGACGACCAAGCUGGACAAGAACGCGGCUGCUGCUGCCGUGACGACGGCAACGGAGCACGUCGUGGAACUCGAGGACACGGCGGAGGCGCGCCAGCGCACGCUCCGGAUCGACGCCCAGGAGGAGAAGAUUGCCUACGACCCGGAGGAGGAGAACCCCAAGAUGAAUGCGACGAGUUACCCAGGCCAGGAGUGGAAUCCUUAUGGUGAGCCAGGCUUUGGCGACUGGCACGAGUGA